CUGUGGCAGCAGCGGCUGGUGAGAGCCUGAUGUGGCAGAGAGACCGUGGACGCCGCUGCCAAGAGAGAGCUGAGGGUCCGCGAGCCGAGUGCAGGAGAGACAGCAGCCAUCCUGUUCGCCCGCCCCGCCUAAGGAUCCCUCUCAGCUCUUGCAAGCACCUGGCUAGUGUUCUGCUGAUCCUCCUUCGACUGAGGCUCACAGCGGAGGCAGCUGCGAGGUGUCCUAUUUGAGCACGCAUGAAGACCCCAUUUGGAAAGGCAGCUGCAGGGCAUCGGUCCAGGACAAGCGCAGGACAUGCCAGCGUGUCUGUUGCAAUGAUGAAAAGAAAGGCUGCACAGAAGAAGCACAGGAGCAGACCCACCUCCCAGCCUCAGAGGAACAUCGUGGGCUGCAGAAUUCGGCACGGAUGGAAAGAUGGAGAUGAACCUCUAAGACAGUGGAAGGGAACCGUUCUGGAUCAGGUACCUGUAAAUCCCUCUCUGUAUCUUAUCAAAUAUGAUGGAUUUGACUGUGUUUAUGGAUUGGAACUUCACAGAGAUGAAAGAGUGUCAUCACUUGAAGUCCUUCCUAAUAGAAUUGCAUCAUCUAGAAUCAGUGAUACACACUUAACAGAAAUUAUAAUUGGCAAAGCAGUGGAACAUAUUUUUGAAACAGAGGAAGGUUCCAAAAAUGAAUGGAGGGGGAUGGUCUUAGCUCAGGCACCUGUCAUGAACACAUGGUUUUACAUUACCUAUGAGAAAGAUCCUGUAUUAUAUAUGUACCAGCUCUUAGAUGAUUAUAAAGAUGGUGACUUACGCAUCCUUCCAGAUUCCAGUGAUUCUCCUCUUGCAGAGAGGGAGCCAGGAGAAGUCAUAGACAGCCUAGUAGGGAAGCAGGUGGAAUAUGCCAAAGAGGAUGGCUCCAAGAGAACUGGCAUGGUCAUUCAUCAGGUGGAAGCAAAACCUUCUGUGUACUUUAUCAAAUUUGAUGAUGAUUUCCACAUUUAUGUUUACGAUUUGGUAAAAACAUCUUAGAGAUCAUUUUGAAAUUUGCCAAAUAAAUAUGUGAGACUAUUUGUAAAAUCUGUACACACAAAAAGUAUUGAAUGCUUUACAAUUUGUAAGAACUAUCUUUAUUUUUUCA